AUGAGACGAUUAAGUUCACACUCUUUACCUAUGGGAGUCCCGAUUGUGAAGCCAAGUGGUUGUUCAUCCAAUUUCUUUUCUUACUUCUACGCGAUCCUUUCUGACGCUAAACCCAUCUUCUACCCUGAUCCAACUGUUACCCUAAAUUUCACCAAGCCUCCGGCGCUAUUAACGAUUAUCGCGACCACGGAGAUGCUUUGCCUCGGUAGCGUUUUCCUGUCUGUUUUGAGAUGGUGA